AUUUGCAAUUGGUCGUUUUCAAAGUACCCGCAUUUUACGGGCCCCUCCCUGGGUAUCUCAACAGACACGCCUAUGCGCCCUGGUCGUAGUGCUCGUCGUAACGCUGCUAACGCGGAACCGUCCUCUAGAGAUAUUUUUCUUCAUGAUGUUAAUACAGCUGAGCCUCACACUAGUGAUGCUGAUGAAGCAUCAACUACCGCCUCUGUCGGGGCCAGGCGUCUGGAUGAAGCCUCCGAAGCACAAAGUCAUGUUGAUCUGAGGUCUGGACUCCGUACUUCCGAGGUUGAACCUGGAAGUCCUUUAUCGUAUAGCGACAUGUCUAGUGCCACUGGCACAACAACUCAUACUCGUGGAGAUGUUUUGAGUUCUGCUAUUCGACCGGGGGUAAAUGAUGAGGCUGUAACGGGUGCAUUACAUUCUGGUCCGUUUGUUCCUGCAACUGGUGGUCUAAUGGGAACUACAGAUAGCGGCAUGAGUGCUACUGCUCAGACGGUGAUCUGGGGGACCGACGUCAACAUAAGCCAAGUUAUGGAUAGAUUCAAACGGUUUAUCUUGACUUUUAUUCCCGACAGUCUUGUGGACGAAUCCCCUCUUUGCACAGGACAGUCUGUGGACCCUGCCCGGCCUUUGUAUUUGCAAAGAAUGGAAGAUCUUGUUGCUUCCGGACAGACACACCUGGAUAUUAAUUGCGCUCAUCUUCAAUUAGCUAGGCUUGAUUUAUACGUUCAACUUAUUACUUUUCCUAAAGAAGUUAUCCCCGCCUGUGAUGCUGCAGCUCACGCGCUUUUCGUUGAUCGCUUCCGUGAAGCCAACCCUGAUCGUCCUAUCCAGAUACGACCAUUUAAUUGCGGAAAAUCUCGAACUUUGCGUAAUUUAGAUCCGGAUGAUCUUGACCAACUGGUCACUGUUCGUGGACUAGUCAUACGAUUAUCAGCUCUUAUACCUGAAAUGAUGCGCGCUGAAUUCUCCUGUUCUGUCUGCGGAUCAACUACCACUGUCCCCUGCGAGAGAGGUCGCAUAGCUGAGCCGAGUGCCUGUGUCCGUUGUCACGCGGCACACACAAAUCAACUAAUGCAUAAUCGCUGCAUCUUUGUUGAUAAACAGAUGAUUAAACUUCAGGAAUCUCCGGAAGACAUGCCUGCAAGUCAAACUCCCCAUACCGUUUGCCUAUUUGCUCACGAGGACCUUGUUGAGAAGGUUCAACCUGGUGAUCGUGUCAUUGUUACUGGUAUCUAUAGAGCCAUACCCCUAAGGAUUUCCAGCAAGCAGCGCACUCUCAAGGCUGUAUAUCGAACUUAUGUUGAUGUUCUCCAUUUUAAGUAA